AUGAGAUUAAUAAUUAAAAAUGAUAGUUGUGAAGCAGGUGAAUAUAUUUCACAAGUAAUAAAAAAAAGAAUUAAUGAUUACUUUUUAAAUAGAAAAAGUGGAGAUAAUAGACCAUUUGUAAUUGGUUUACCAACUGGAUCAUCACCAUUACCAAUUUACAAGAGAUUAAUUGAAAUGAAUAAAAAUAAAGAGAUAUCAUUUCAAGAGGUUGUUACAUUCAAUAUGGAUGAAUAUGUCGGAUUAGAAUCUAAUCAUAAAUUCAGUUACCAUUAUUUCAUGUGGGAGAAUUUCUUUAACCAUAUAGAUAUCAAGAAAGAGAAUAUCAACAUUUUAAACGGCACUACUGAUAACCACGAAAAUGAGUGCAAACUUUAUGAAGAAAAGAUACAAUCGUAUGGUGGUAUAGAUUUAUUUUUGGGUGGUAUGGGUGUCGAUGGUCAUAUAGCAUUCAACGAGCCAGGCUCAUCGUUGUCAAGUAGAACUCGUAUUAAAACACUCACACGUGAUACCAUCAUUGCAAAUUCAAGAUUCUUUAACAACAUUAACCAAGUCCCAACCCAAGCACUCACAGUUGGUGUUGGCACAAUUAUGGAUGCUCGUGAAAUUAUCUUAAUUGUAACUGGUCAUUCAAAAGCCAUUGCUCUCUAUAGAACCAUUGAAGAAGGUGUCAACCAUAUGUGGACUGCUUCUGCAAUCCAAAUGCAUAAAAAAUCAAUCAUCGUUUGUGAUGAAGAUGCUACCGCUGAAUUAAAAGUUAAAACCUAUAAAUAUUUCAAACAAGUUGAAUCAAAUUCAAAUUAUUAA